GCCUGCCACAUCUGGAGACGCUUCCCAACACGAGAAACUUCAACUUUCGCGUUUUCCUCUGCGCAGAAACACGCAGGCGUUUGCGAAGUGUCAAUCCGUCAGGGUGAAUUUGGCUCUCUCGUGAUAGUAAGUAGAGAUUCUUGAAGCCAAGUUGGCGUUUCUCUCUGUCUCUCAGCUUUCAUUUUUUUACAUAGCGUUGGUAAACAGAGCCCGUUUGGGAGUUUCAUACAUUCAGUUGCUGUGUACGUGCCACGCUAGAUUGUGUUGUAGUUGGUUCGUGGAAAAGAAAACAACAUAAAGUUACAUAUUUCCAUGUAUGAGUGAGAAAAGAAGGAGCGGAACGCGCAGCUGUGCGUUGACUCACGCACAAAUCAAGCAAACAAAUCUAUAAAGUUUCUUAUUCCACGCUCGGCUCUGUCACUAGAGGAUUGUUAGUGUUAAAUGUUGAAAGCAAAGCCUGUGUGAGAGCCUGCUGCUUCACUGCACGAUAGUACAUGACUGCGUUGAUGGUGACAUGAGUCAGAGGGAAUCAAAUUGUGAAAUUCAGCAGCGACUGGUGAUGGAGUGAUACAUCUCGGGUUUAUUUGUGCCCAGCGCUGAUCUAACAUUUGGAAGAGAGGACUGGAAUAAGCCAUAAGGCGCACAGCUCCAUACUGAAGUGUUUAAGUUAGUCUGAGGGGAAAUUUAAAAGACCUAAAAAUACAGCGUUGGUUUCUUCCCUACAAAGAAUCAUUUGAACUUCCCACCGCAGAGCGAGAGCGACAUAAAUAGUUCUGACAUGUGGAUGUAAUUUCAGAAGAGGAAAAAAGACAGAUGCAGAGAAAUAAAGAGAGCAGGCUGAGCCUGAGCAUAUAGUAGAUUAUAGGAAAUUAAAUCGAGGGCAGAGCGAGGCGAUUACAGAGUUAUGAUUUCACAAGCCGCCGUGAGCAUCGACAGGCCAGAUGGAGUGAAACAACAAAAGUCGCUCCACUUUGAAGAGAGUUAAGUAGAUUAUAUCAUCUCAUCUGAGCAUCAUCAGCGUCUGUUUGAGCCCCGCAAGGACUCUUGGAGGUAGAGUUGCCUCAGGUCAGGGAUGGGAUCCGCUCUGCUGCUCCACAAUCUGGACUUUCUUCUCAUCUCACUCCUCAGCAGUUUGUGCCUGGCUUACGCAGAUGAUGUGCUUACAAAAGAUGAACAGAUAGGCCUGUUGUUCAGAGCAAAACGGAAGUGUGAGGGGAACAUCAAGUCGAAGCACAGGGUUCCUGAUGGUUUCUGCUCACCAGAAUGGGACGGCAUUGUUUGUUGGCCUGAAGGACCCCCAGGAAAGCUUGUAUCCACCUCCUGUCCAGAGUAUAUCCAUGACUUCAACCAUAAAGGACUAGCAUACCGCCGGUGUGACAACAACGGAACGUGGGAGCUGGCCACAGCCAACAAGACAUGGGCCAAUUAUAACGAAUGUGCAAAAUUCCUCUACCAUUACAACCAUAGCCAUGAAAAGGACGUCUUUCACCGUCUGUAUCUCAUCUACACAGUCGGGUACUCCAUCUCUCUGGGAUCACUCAUGGUGGCUGUCGUCAUCUUGGGAUAUUUCCGACGAUUGCACUGCACCAGGAACUACAUCCACAUGCACCUGUUUGUGUCCUACAUGCUAAGAGCUAUCAGUAUCUUUGUGAAAGAUGUUGUGCUCUACUCUGGAUCGGCCUUAGAGAACAUGGAAAGAGUCACAGUGGAAGACCUCAAGUCCAUCACCGAGGCUCCGCCAGCCAACAAAACACAGUUCAUCGGCUGCAAAGUGGUUGUGACUUUGUUCUUGUACUUUCUGGCGACCAAUUACUACUGGAUCCUGGUGGAAGGUCUGUACCUCCACAGCCUCAUCUUUAUGACCUUCUUCUCAGACAGAAAGUAUCUAUGGGGAUUUACUCUGAUCGGAUGGGGAGUUCCAGCUAUGGUUGUGACAGUUUGGGCGACUAUGAGAGCCACGUUUGCAGACACAGAGUGUUGGGACUUAAGUGCAGGCAAUUUGAAAUGGAUAUAUCAAGUGCCUAUUCUGGCGGCUAUAGUGGUUAAUUUUAUGUUAUUUCUGAACAUCAUCAGAGUCUUGGCAACUAAACUACGAGAAACAAAUGCUGGACGAUGUGACACAAGACAACAGUACAGAAAACUGUUGAAGUCCACGUUGGUGCUGAUGCCACUCUUUGGCGUCCACUACAUCAUAUUCCACGCCAUGCCGUAUACAGAGGUGUCUGGAGUUCCCUGGCUGAUACAGAUGCACUAUGAGAUGCUGUUCAACUCCUUCCAGGGAUUCUUAGUCGCAAUUAUAUACUGCUUUUGCAACGGGGAGGUGCAAGCUGAGAUCAAAAAGGCCUGGAGCAGGAGGACUCUGGCCCUGGACUUCAAAAGGAAAGCUCGGAGCGGCAGCAACACUUACAGCUAUGGACCUAUGGUGUCACACACCAGUGUUACUAAUGUCACUGCCAGAGGGCCACUGGCCCUCCACCUCACCACGAGACUGGGACCGGUGCCUGUGAACGGGCACAGGAACCUCCCCGGGUACGUGAAGAACGGCUCUGUCUCUGAGAACUCUAUACCCUCAUCGGGACAGGAACUUCACAUUCCUGAUGAGGAGCACUCUGCUCAUACACGGCCCUGCGAGAACGAGAAACCCUCACCUGUGGUGGAGGAGGAGAGGGAGACAGUCAUGUGACCUCCGGGCCGCUGUGUAUAGGGAUGAAACCUGGAAAAAAUAAAUAAAUCAAGGAACAGUCUCAGGAUGGUCUGAAGGGGACGGCUGCAUGCGUCAACACUGCCAGUUUUUUCUCCUGUGAAUCAAGCCAGAACAUUGCCGACUGAUGCUCAAGGCAAAAAGGGUGUAUCACUUAUGUGAGCUGGGCCGCCUCGUAUUUGAGGGAUGAUGACCCUCACUGUUGUGGCAAAAUACUUUCAACUCUCAUCAACCACCUGCCACAGUGAAUGUGUGAAGGGAUGAAAACAGACUGCCGUUUCGUGUUUCUUUUCCACUGCCAUAACUGUUGUUAUCUUGCUUUCUGUACGCUUCUUUGGAAAGUGUCUUGUUCUCAGCUUUGUGCAUAAAUAAAACGGGGGUUAGUUACAGUGUAGUUGCCAGGAACAGCCUUAAUCACCUUCGUAAAGCCAGGUGGAUCUUGAGUGCACUUAGUGAAGUAUGUGUGGGCAGUUUCAUCAGCAAGUUUUCAGAUUAAGUCAGCGUGAGAAGACUAAGUGUAGGCUCAGCUUAAAAUUCUUUUAAUGCUACUAUUUUGAAGCGUCCAUUCAUGCUUUCUGGCAUGGGUUGUCAUUCGUUCUGCAUUGACUUAAAUCCACUUCAGUGUAAAAGGGAAGGUACUCAGGUAAUUGAAGUCCUCUGUUGUUGCACACCUAUUUUUAUACUUUAAAGUGGUGUUUUGGCAUGGUCAGCAUCUCUCUGAGGGUAUGUUAUAUAAGGCUGUGUCAGUUUGUUGUUUUUCUAAAUGUACAGUUUCUGCUGUUUAGAAGGACCAAGUAUUCAUCUCUCUAAUUACAACAGAUUUCGAAGAGUUCUAAUGAAUGUUUCAUAUUCAAAUUUUCUCCUAAAAUACCCUCACACACACACUCACACACACACACAACAUGAUGCCAAAGUAGGAAUAUUUCUUUGAAGACUGUCUCUCUCUCUGUCUGUGGGUUCAGUGUUAGCUGAGGUAAAGACGAACGUUAUGGAAAUCUGACAAAAACAGUAUCAUAUGUUCCCACAGAGUUUUCAAAGGAGGAGACCCCAUUUUAAAAACACAGGGUGCAGGAAACGGUCAUAUAUUCCAGUGGAAUGUUAAUUAAAUGAGGAUUCCAAGAAAAUCUCAAAUUCAGCUGGAAUUCCAAGAGUGACAUUUGUGGUGGAUAUGAAGGAAAACCCCAGAAAUGAAUAACACACAGUAAUUUUUACAAAUGGUUCAGUGUUAUGCUGCUUUUUGAUGUGUAUAUACAAGUCACAAUGUUUACAAAGAUCAGAAAUACAUUCUAAUUGUGAGCUAACAGUGUUCAUGUGUAUGGAUAUGUUAUAAAGCUAUGUUUCAGUGUUUUUUUAUUUCCACGUGUUUGUUUACAAAAUGUUUGCAAUAUUUGAUUAUGUACAUAGUCCAAAACAAAACUGGUGAAUAUAUGUACAGGUGAUGGAGGGCAUUCAAACUAGCAUUUAAUGAAGCAUUCCACAAGAUAUGUUAAUCUCUGUAACUUGUAAUUUACCGCACUUAACCUGCGUGGUUUGCAGUUUAAGUUUAGGAGACCUGUUAUACCAAAGAGAAAAGGCACAAUACGCUGCCACAGAGGAAAGGGUUGGAGGUUUUUUUUUUGCAGUAUUUCUUUCUAUUUUCAUCCACCAUCUUGUUUACAGUGACCAAAAAGUCUUAACAUUGCAGUAAAAUCGUCUCAGACAAAAAAAAGAAUUUGCUACUGGUAGUUAGUGUUGGAAAAUGUCGAGAUUAAAAUGUUGAAAUAGAGCACCCCCACAGAUUGAAGUUUCUUUAUAGAUGUUCAGUUUCAUGUAAACAGCAGUGAGGCAAAUGGGGAAACCAUUCACAACACUCAGUAGCUUAGUAACAAUGGACUGAGAUCAUUCAUACUGAAGGCUCCACUCGGAUUUUGUACUGAAAAUAGUCUCAAGAGCUAAAUUAGUCCCUAUUUGGUUUGGACCAAUGUGUCUGAUGGAGUUGUGAUUUAGAUCACAUUCAGCUUAAUAGAGUUUUACCUCACAUUCAUUUUAGUUUGUGACCAAAGAUAAUAUUUUCCCAGGGUUAUUCCACAUUUUUUCUCACAUCAUACAAUAGUGACCACCUUUGGAUUGUAGGCGCUUUUGUCCCUCCUGCUGUUGUGGUCGAAAGCAUUCUGGUUUCACUUCAUAGUCCAAGUAGUACUGACCAAUCACGUCUGAGUUGGCUUUAGUCCCCUGCAGACAAACAGUCCACGUGGAGUGCAAAAGAGACAGAACACACUGGCUGAAAUGCAAUCUCGGACCCAUCAGCAAUCAUUUAGAUGAUUUAGCUUUUUUCUAGUGAUAUCAGUGUGUAGAAUUAGCUGCAAUGUUGACUGGACCUGUAAACAAUGAGUGACAUAGUGAGCGAUGAAGUCUUGGCCGUUACCUCCAGAGGCUUCAUCAUUGUCAGGUGAUCACUGAUGGGUUCUGAGAUUGUCAAUUUCAUGAUGUAGUUUUUCUCCACCUGAUGGUAGAUCCACUGAGGUGUGUGUCUGUUCCAGUUUGUACUGCCUACAAGUUCAUCCAGCUAAUUUACACUGCAUCUACAGGAGUACGUAGCACUAAAGUUAAUUCAUAUUUUUGCUAAAUAAAUCAGACAACUUUACGAACUGUCUCCACUGUUAUGUAAAGGAUAAGUCUGUAAAUAUUACGUAUUUUUCUCAUCAACAAAUUCCAUGAAAAUACCAAAACCAACAAUGAACUGACUUAUACAGAAAGUAUAUAAUGAUAUAGCUCAUUCCUCUGUGCCAUACACCUCUAUUGUGUCUCAAUAAUAAUCAAAAACACAAUAUAAAGGCACACUGUGUGCUGGGUGACAUUUAAAUUCGUGAACAAGGGCACUGUAUAUUUUUUUGUCUGUCAAUCUCACAAACACCUCAUGUGUGCCUAAAUACUCCCUAGCACACCACGUGUGUAUUAAUCAACCCGGCCUCACUCUGAAGUCGUCGAAAUCUGGCACUUAGGCAGUGACUUGCGGCGUCAGACACUGACAAAAAAAGC